GUUUCUUUUGAAAAAAACUUUAUAAAAGCUUAAAACAAACAUCUGGCAAUAUUAAUUGUUAAUUACGUAAAAUAAUCAGAAUCAUUGCAGCCGGCUACGGAGACGUUUUGUAUACGCAAGGUGAAUUGUGAUAAAAGCGAAGAACGCUCACUGAUAAAAGAUCUUGUAUUAGCGCUAAAGUCAUCAUGGCGAAAUUGGACGAAAAAAUCGGUUUCAUCGGCGGUGGCAAUAUGGCAUUUGCCAUAGGUUCCGGUUUGAUAAAUCGUGAAUUCGUUAAAACCUCACAGGUGCUAGUGUCAGGACCAAACCUGGAGAAUCUUGCACGCUGGCGUGCGCUUGGCAUUGCAACCACAGAAGAUAAUUAUGAAGUGCUUGACAAAGCGGACAUUAUUUUCAUAUGUGUGAAACCACAUAUUCUCACACCAAUGGCUGCACAGCUGCGUAAUCUACAUACGCCCACUUUAAAAGAUAAGGAUAAGUUGUUUGUCUCCGUAUUAGCCGGAGUAAAGCUGAAGACACUUGAAGAGAAAUUCUCAUUUGUGGAUAGUUUAAAGAUGAUACGCACUAUGCCCAAUACACCAAUGCAAAUUGGUGAAGGUAUCACUGUGUAUUCACCUGGUUCGUAUGUUAAGCAACAAGAUUUGGAGAAAUUGCAUUUAAUGCUGAACUCUUUGGGUAUUGCUCAGCAAGUACCCGAAACGAUGAUAGAUGCUGUAUCGGGAGUAGCUGGUUGCGGUCCUGCAUUUGUAUAUACUAUAAUAGAGGCUUUGGCUGAUGGUGGCGUCAAACAAGGAGUGCCUAGACAAAUGGCUCUGCAAUUUUCAGCACAAAUGUUAUUGGGAGCUGCCAAAAUGGUAUUGCUAACCGGCAAACAUCCAGCUGUUUUGAGAGAUGAGGUUUGCUCACCAGGUGGAGCAACAAUUGUUGGUGUACAUGAACUGGAAAAGGGCAAUUUGAGAUCAACGCUCAUCAAUGCUGUAGAAAAAUCAAGUGAACGUGCUGCAGAGCUUGGCAAGAAAUAAGAUAAUGGCAACUUCAAUUCGCUUCCAAUAGAAUAAGCAAUUCAAGACAAUUUAUAGUUAAAAAUAAUAAUGCAGAUUUGCAAGCCUUUAUUGAGUGUAUAUUGAAUAAUUACAACUAAUCUUACAUUUUAGCAAAUUAAAUAAACAUUUGUGAGUGUAAGAGCA